CCCGCAUUUCAGGGGCCAAAAAGUGCCGAGCUGAAAUACUUUUCGCCAUUCACAACCACUCAACUAUUGACUAUUAAACGUCGGGAACUCACUGUCAACACCAACAAAUGUUCAACGAGCUAUUAAAAACUAAAUCCACUCAUUCGGACAUUGAGGACGGGCUAAGUAUAUGGAGCUACAUUUUUUAGCCUCGCCACCGUGGAGAAAGACUCCGUUCACAAGUCUACAAUUGUUAUUUUGAGUAACGUCUUCUGUUUUCCGCAUCGAUACGACGCGAGCCAAUGUAAUCAAUAUUAAGUAGAUAGCCAAAUGGGAAAGGGAAUGUCAAUGCUGUCACGACAAUUGCAAAGGUUCAAUAUCGAGAACCGUGCCCACAAAGUUAUUUCGAAAGAAAAACCAACUCCCGCACCUCACCACAAACCGUCUGCAAGACAAUCUGAAAUAAUGAACGAAGCAGAUUCUGAUUUCCUGAAAAAACAUAACAUGAAAGAUGCGAAGCUUGAUCAUCAUCUGAAAAAUGUCUACCUUGUAUCUCAUACAGCAGAGAUGAUGGAGAAACUUCAUGUCAAAAAUCCAGAUCGGCCUCUUCCCCAGUCCAGAACUGUCAGGGAUGACUUGGAGUUUGGCGUUUUUGAACCAACUGAAGUUAUGAUAGGGAGAUGUACUUUGCGCCAAGCUAUCAAAUUCAUAACAGAUCAUAAUACAGAGCCAACAAAACACACUGCUGCUGAAAUAGCUGCUGAGUAUAAACUCAGUCUCGAAUCUACAAGUAAUAUAUUGAAAUACUUCAGGACGUUUAAACUCUACAUCCCUGAAAAGGAGCUGAAAGAAACACCACUGCAACCUUCGUUGCAUGAAAAGAUGAAAGAUCAGAAUAAUCCAAAGCAUCUGACAUAGUAAUAUGUAUGAUACUAUUAGUAAAUGCCUGUAAAAUUGUUAGGAAUAGUUCUACAUGUGAAUAUUCAAUAAAAUACGAAAGAUGUUUUUGAA